UUCUAGCCAAAGCUUGGCUGGUGGUGACUUCCCGCUUUCCAGUUCUCUGUCCAGUCAGUGUUGUUGUGACUUUGGUGGCGAGAAGGUGAUGUGCUCGCGUGCUCUCCGUCUGUCUCUCGUACGUAACCAGGACUUUUAAUUGCAGGGACCAGCGUCGACUCGAAACCCAAAAUGGUGAUCGUCAGCGUAGGAGGAGGGAUAGGAGAUGCCGGUGGAGGAGGAGGGGGAGUAGGGGGUGGAGGAGGUGGAGGAGGGAAAUGCCCCCAGGACCAGGAGGGGCCUACCCUCGCCCAUUACCCUCAGCAUUACAACGCCGAUUACCCGCCUGGGUCCGCCGCCACUACCCACCGCCGCCGGCCAAGUUCGCCCAGCAGAGGGAAUACCCGCCCGGCUAUGACAGCGACUCUAACAGCGACCACAGCAGCAGUGGGCGUGGCAGCGGUGGCAGUGACGUGGGCAGCGAAGUUGACAGGGAAGGCUCUCGCCUGGAAGACAGCGGCCGAUACAGCGCAGACGGGUGCGAAAGCAUCUCCCCAACAUCGUCCCAGAAACAGAUCUCGUCCCACAUCGAAAUCAAGAGCCAUGUGGACCCAACAUCCAGCGUCACAACCACUACAUCCAGCGUGACCAUCAAGACUGCACCGCAGAUCAAGAACCCGUCUCCAGUGCACAAGCACGUCAGUCAGUCACACUCUCCCGCCCACAGCAUCCAGUCUACCACACAGUCCAAGGUCCUGUCUGGGGGCAAGAACGGUCAGGAAGUGGCCGUGACACACAGCCGCUCAUCAAGAAGCGUCCCGGUAACCCACCCGCCAGUCGACGCGCCCCUGUGCUCCCAGUGCAACCGGAGGGGCCUCUUCUUCUUCGACCCCGGCUGUAGCGGCUGCUCCACCCUGCUGAGGCGCCCCACGACCUCCCCCUCCCACGUCUUCGCCGUCAUGAGGCAGUGGGUGCCCCAGGUCCAACACAACAUUCAUCAACUUGUUGCGCAGGCGCUGUCCUUAGGAUGCCAUGUCGACGACCGGGACGGCCUCUCGGACAUGACCCUCCUGCACUACGCCGUUAAGGCUGGAAGUAACGGCGUGGGAGACCCUGUCAUGGCCCUCAAGGUGGUGAAGGAAUUGCUUCGCGACGGCGCCGACGUCCACCAGAGAUGUCGCUGGACCCACAUGACUGCCCUGCACUACGCCGCUUACUUCGACGUAGCCCCUGUGCUGGAUCUGCUCCUCAGCGAUUCCCAAGGUGUCAGCAUCAACGACGCCUGCUUGGAGUACUCGGGAGGAACUCCUCUGCACAUCGCAGCUGCCAACCUCUGCCUGGCAGCUACGAAGGUCCUCCUGGCACAUGGAGCUCCUCUGAAUCUGACAGAUACUCAAGGGCGAACUCCAUUCCAAUGCAUCCCGGCCCCCGACCAAUACGAACUGGUCCCAGACGUCCAGAAUGUCAUCGCCCAGCUGAGGUCACUCCUUUGCCCAUCGGCUGCGCACUGCUACAGCACCUACGAGUACUCCAUGGGACAGUCGUCCACGCAAGGCCUCUCCGGAAGGGCUGUUCUCAAGGCCAUGGGACUCAAGCUAGGUGACAGAGUGUUGGUCAGUGGCGUCAAGACAGGAACAUUGAGAUUUGUUGGUUCCACCGAAUUCGCCACCGGGCUGUGGGCAGGGGUGGAACUGGAGACACCUUCAGGACGUCACAACGGCACUGUCAAGGGAGUCAUGUACUUCAGGUGUGCCAAUAAUUAUGGCAUAUUCGUCCCGGUGAACAGACUGACGAAGAUCCCCAACGUUAGUGGAGGGCGACAGGGCCGUUCCACCUCCGUUGCCCAACGCCAGAGGGCGAGGGACUCCUCCAGGCGAUCCGUCUCCCUCCCACCGGGUCGUGUCAACCACGGCCGCGUGGACGUUUCCCGCGUGUCAUCCCGGGUGGCCCAAGACAUCCGCAACACAAACAGGAAAAUCGUGAUUGGAGACAGGGUUUACGUAGACAUGGGCAUAGGAAACGGAUCGACCAGGGCGGUGAUGGGCGUGGUGAGGUACACGGGCGGAGUUCACUUUGCCUCCGGUUUCUGGAUUGGAGUGGAGCUGGAAAUUCCCCGUGGCACCAACGACGGCUCCGUCAACGGCUCCAGAUACUUCACCUGCCGUCCCAACUGCGGUAUCUUUGCUGCCCCGUCAAGGGUUAUCAAGGUCAGCAGCGACUACGACUGCGACGAAGGUCUGCCUCCAAGCGAGCCUAGCUCACUCAGCUACAGCCGUUUCUCCCUGGGGUCAGGCCAUGGGUCUAACAACAACAUCCUAUCUACCGGACCCGUGAGUCUGGGAUAUAGUACGAGCUCUAUGUCCUACAACACCCACGGACCUUCGAGUCUUGGUUUCCACUCGGCCAUGAAUGGCGCCAACAACCACCCCAUGUGUUCCAGCAUGACAGAUUCCUGCUCUAAAUGCGUGUCUUCACAGCAUCUCUUGGAUGGGUUCAGCGAAGGUGCGCUGAAAAGGGCUAAUUCACUGAAAACAGCCAUCUACCCACCGAACACGGCUAUGACCAGCCUCAACAGGUCUUUCUCGGCACGCUUACUUCCCCAGACACAGCAAAAAAGAUACGUGUCGUCAAGGCAACGCCAGGAGGAAAUAGAGCGAGCAGCAGAGGAGAAGAAGAAGGAACAGACUUGGUGUGAUCCACCUGUCUUGCCCACGACGAAGGCGCAGAAGAAGAAGCAGGAAAACGAGCACUGGCUGGAACCAGGUCACAACGUCUUCUACAAGAACGAAGUGGGCGUCAUCAAAUACAUCGGCCAAGUCGACUUCGAGCCCGGGGUCUGGUUGGGCAUCGAGCUGAGAAAGGCCAAAGGGCGUCACGACGGAGUGGUGAAGGGCAAGCGCUACUUCACUUGCAGGCCUCGCCACGGCAUUAUGGUCAAGCCCAGCAAGGUCUACGUCAGAGGAAUCAACGGUGCAAAGCUCGUGAGACCCGACAACGAACUGGAGGAAUAACUUGCCCUAACUUCGAAGGGAGGGUCAAUUUGCACAGUAUUUAUAAAUCGAAAGCAGUAGGCCUAGCUUCGAAGUGGGGUUAAUUUGCUUCGAGUUAUAACUCGAAUUCAGUAAUUUGAAGAGGAUAACUUAAGAUGGUUACUUUAAUCUAAAGAGAUACAGAGUUCUGGAGGUUUCCAAGGUCGGUGAGCUAGAGUAGGCCUACAUAAGUAACCCCAGUUUGUAUAGGCCGAGUAAACACGUAUAAAUUGCGGACCACAAUGAUAAACACGUACAAUAAUCCAUAUUCUUUCCAUUGUCUGAAACUAAAAGGUAAACUUUAGAUGCCUAGUUAAGCUAGUUUUCUUUUGGAGCAUAGCACGAGCGUAGAAUCCCUUUUGAGCAUGUUUUAGCAAAUGAAGUAAUAAUAAACAAACCAUUUUAGGUUAUUCAUAAAAUCCUGACAAGGCAGGAGAUUCCUUCCCCUGACAGGAACCCUGUAAUUCAAAAAGCCACAUAUCACCAAGUUCUUAGACUUAUACACACACACAGCAAGUUACAGUAAGUUUGAUUUUUUGAGUGAUGUCGUCCGCACAUUUUGCUUUAAAUACGAUCUUGUUUGAAUCACGCAGUUACCAGCUAUAGACCGUUUUUUAAAAGACCUAAAAAUUGCUGUUGGAAGACCCCCAAGUAUAGAUACUAUAAACGAAAUCUUAUUGGAAUCGCCAUUGUUACCUAGCACUACUGAUCAGUCUCACCCACAGAAAUUAAAUAUCGUACUUAAUAUUCUUCCCGUACCAAAUAUACUUGGUUCAAUUAACUCUCCGGGAUAAUGACUUAUUUAUAUGAUGUAACGAGAGUUAAAGAUAACGUUCUCAUUGUAAGGAGGCCUUCCCAAAGCUUUAAUAGUACUAGCCUUCUUUUCCUUCCGAAACUUGGUCACAAGUUAGUCCUAUUUUUCGGUCGCUUGUCUUUCCCCUUUCAGUCUGUUAAAGUUGUUUUUAAGGUGUUUAUGAAAGCAAAUGAAAGAGUUAUAUUAUUCGAUACAUAUAAAUAUCUAUGUAUAUUGUAUAUAGUAUUUGAGUUUGUGGUUGAUUAUUUUAUAUAUAUAUACAUUGAAGAUUUGUUUAUUGAUGCUUCGGCACACUUGCCUCUCUGCCCAGACAGAGAUAUUAGUGCUAUGUGUGGCUUUGUAAAUAAAAGUACGCAAGUCUAAUACUACAAUAAAGCAGUAUUAGUAACGUUUA